CGAAUUUUAUUUCUCCGCGGACUUGCAACGUGGAAAGAUGGGCAUAUCAUGGAUUGUACUCGCACUUAGCUGCCUGUGCCUGACGCAGGUCCAGUCCAACAAAUACGAAGGGUAUAAGAUCUAUGAGGUGUCAGCGAAAGCCCGCACGGCUGUGAUGGACCAGGCCUUGGCCGAAUUGGCCCGGAAUGAAACAUACUAUGAGGUGUUCUCGAGCGGCGGCCAGCCGCCACGCAUCAUGGUCCAUCCGGAGGAGCAGCUGAACUUUGUCCAGCUGAUGGACGGACACUCCUUGAGCUACAGGGUCCUUAACCGCAACGUGGGUCGCACCCUGCGCCGACAGUUUGCCAAGGAUCGCAUUCUGCGCAAAAGGUUCCCCUACCAGGGCAAUGGGCGCUUGGGCACGGAGCGAUUCUACAGCCAUGCGGAGAUCAAUCAGUUCAUUGAGGGCCUGGCCCAGGAGCAUCCACGCCGCGUGUUCGUCAAGACGGUGGGCAAGAGCUACGAGAAGCGCCUGAUGAAGACAGUCACAAUCACGAACGGGGAUGGUCGCCGGAACAAGAACGUCAUCUUCGUGGACGGUGGCUUCCAUGCCCGUGAGUGGAUCUCGCCCGCUGCUGUUGUGUACCUGAUCGAUGAGCUGGUGAACAAUGUGGCGGAUAAUGCGGAUCUGCUGCUGGACUACGACUGGGUCAUCCUGCCCGUGGUCAACCCGGAUGGCUAUGAGUACACCCAGCUGUCGGAGGACACGCGCAUGUGGCGCAAGACACGCAAACCGAGCAGCUCCGACUGCAUCGGCACGGAUCCCAAUCGCAAUUUCGAUUUCCAUUGGAACGAGGAGGGUGCCUCCGCGGAUCCCUGCGCCCAGACCUACGCCGGCUCGAAGGCUUUCUCGGAGCCAGAGGCCGUGGUGGUGAGCGAUCUCAUCCACAGCUAUGCCGGUCGCGGCAAAAUGUAUCUCACCCUGCACUCCUAUGGCCCCUACAUCCUCUACCCAUGGGGCUGGAGCUCGGACCUGCCGGACACUGUUGAGGAUCUGCACGAGGUGGCCAAGGCUGGCUUCGAUGCCAUACUCGAGGAUACGGGCACCUUCUACGAGAUCGGCUCAUCCACCAACGUUCUGUACGUGGCUGCUGGUGCCAGCGAUGAUUAUGCCUUCAAUGCGGGCUUUCCCAUAUCGUUCACCAUGGAACUGCCGCCCGGCGGCACUGGCUUCGAUCCACCAGCCUCAGCCAUCGAUUCGCUGGUCAAGGAGACGUGGGUUGGCAUUGCGGCCAUGGCUCGUAAAGUGGUUCAAAAGUAUCCACUUGCGUAAUGCCAACCCAAACUCUCCAUAAUAAAUUCAUUAAUUAGAUAUAGCCCCAAUAAAAGCAGCACCAUUAACUCAUUUUGAUCGAUCAAAUAUUAAAGCGUGAUAACUUGUGGACAUUCCUCCAGGUAGCCCUGUUCUUGCUCUGUUCAUGCUCUGUUAUUGCUCUGUCCAUGCUCUGUUCAUGCUCUGUU